AUGUAAGAUCUAUAAAUUUGUUGAACCAUGGAUUGGGCAAUCAUAAAUCUAUAAAGGCUUACAAGAGUUUAGCAGCUUACAACCAGUUCCUAGAUGGUUGGGUUCAAGAUAUUAUGGCUUUUAAACCACUAGCAAAGGUUCUUCACUCUCAGUGGUUAGCAGAAAAGGUACUGCAGCCCUGGAUAAGUCGAGAUGGUAUUAUUCUAUCAGCCCACUGUUCUUGUACAGUUGGACUUGGAGAGUCCUGCACUCAUGUGGCAGCCACUUUAUUUAUGCUGGAAGCCAACACCAGACUAAAAGAGAUUAUGCUUCAAUAUGAGGCGAGUGAAGUCACUGGAGAUCAAAUGCCUGACCAGGUCAAUGUAACUUUUAGCACAGAAACAAAAUCUCUAACCAAACUUAAUCUCAGACGCUCGCGGCAUUUUAACCUCGAUAUUCCUUUGUAUAGUUUGGACACCGACCAGGAAGGAAUUUUCCAUAGGCAUAAAGUGAAAACCAGACCCAAAAAGGCUUCCGAAUCUAGACGCUCUAUCACUGAAAUCUGCCAAGCAAUGUUAUGUGCAGAUGUUUUAAGAGGGUUAUGUUUCCCGCAGAUAGCACUCAGUGGAACGUCUUGUGGCGAUGGAAAGGUCUGCAUAAAUGGACAAUGUGUCAGCGACCCAUACGCUCCUCAAAUUGAUGAAAACUGUGCAUUUGGAGACAGACCGAGCUAUUCUUGCAGUUUGUUUAUUAAUGACUUUAUGGGCAACUGUUACUCUACUCUUGGCUAUCGAGCAUGCUGUGACACGUGUAACAAUGUGUCUAGGCCCGUGAAAGAUUGUACCACUUUAGGCUGUGAAUACGGAGAUAGAAUCAUCGAUUGUACAAAAGAUCACUGCUUGAAUUCUCAAGCGGAUUGCUGCGGCACGUGUAACUAUGGCACCCCCUUUACCCCAACGUACAGCACCAGAAGAAGCACACCUAAAAGAUUAGCCACGACAGUAAAUCCCCUUGUGCUAUUCACUUCAAUUAAAGAUUGUGAACAAGGAGAUCAAGACUUGAGACCAGAACUGUGUACUAACUUUAGCGUCUGCCUAAUACAGCCAACACAGUGCUGUCACUACUGCUCGUCAUAUUACACGUCUGCAACUACAAGUACCACGACAACGAGACCAUUGAUACCCUCCACUUCACCCAAAACUAAAUGUGAACCAGGAGAUCUAGACUUGAGGCGAGAACUGUGCACUAACACUAGUGUCUGCCAGACAAAGUCAUCAAUAUGCUGUCACUAUUGCUCGUUACAUUACAAGUCUGCAAAUACAAGUACCACACAAUUAACGUCCCCCAACGAGUGUGUUCUAGGAGAACCAGAUUUAAGUCCACAGCUGUGUACUAGCCGUAGUAUCUGCCAGACACAGCCAUUGAUGUGCUGUAAAUAUUGUUCUUCCCGAGACAAUUCUGCAAGCCAUCUCUCUUUAUACACUAUUUGGAUAUAUUGUUUUUGUAUUGCUUUCUUUCUUUAUAUUAAAACAAAUGUCUAUUAGGUAGAUAAAGUACAAAUGUCUAUUAAGUAGAUAAAGUACAAAUGUCUAUUAGGUAGCUAAAGUACAAGACUCUUAGGUAGAUAAAGUACUUACCCUUGUUCGGAAUUUUUUUAAAGUUUUUGUCUAUUUCUUAUCUUUAUACCAUUUUAAGCAUUGUUUACACAAGGAAAUCAAUUAUAAUGAAGCAAUCUAUCAAUCAUAAUGAAGCAAUCGUUGGUGUACUGUGCAUGAAAUAAUAGACCUCUAAAACAUGUGGCCAGGGCCGGCCUUAGAUAAUGAGCCUCCUUGUCCUUAUCAUUAUGAGGAACAUUUUGUACAUCCUCUUAUAAUUCUGGAUCUAGAGAUAAAUUAUGUUGCUUGUUUUUAUUUCUUUUAUUAAACAGUUUCAAGUUCUUUAUAUAA